AGUUUUCAAACACUUGGUUUAGAGGGAAGGUACUACAGGCGUGGUUGCUCAAACCUUAUUGAGAAGACUCGUUUUAAAUCGUGUUUGUUUAACGAAGCUACUUGCUGUUUUCCAUUUUCCGUCCUUUUUUUUGCGAUGGCCAAAGGAGAAGGAGCUGAACAAUACUCCAGUGCCAGUUUAUUAAAUAAAUCGGUCAGCUCGGAUUCUGUCAAGCUCCCAAGAAAGCACGAGCACAGGAACAGGUUGUCAAUCUGCAACAAGAUAUGCUAUGCAAUCGGUGGUGCUCCCUACCAGAUCACAGGAAGUGCCCUGGGCUUCUUCCUGCAGCUCUAUCUACUCGAAGUAGCUCAGUUGGAUCCUUUCUAUGCUUCAAUCAUUCUGUUUGUUGGGCGAGCUUGGGAUGCCGUAACGGACCCCACAGUGGGCUUCCUGAUCUCCCGGAGCCCGUGGACUCGUUUUGGACGGAUGAUGCCCUGGAUCUUACUCUCGACCCCUCUUGCCGUGACGUCCUAUUUCCUCAUAUGGUACAUCCCCCCCUUUGAAGAUGGCAAAGUCAUCUGGUGUAUUUUCUUCUACUGCAUCUUCCAGACCCUACAGACUUGCUUCCAUGUGCCAUAUUCUGCCCUCACCAUGUUCAUCACUUCAGAGCAGAAGGAGAGGGACUCUGCUACUGCGUACCGGAUGACGGUGGAGGUUUUGGGCUCCCUCCUCGGCACGGCCAUCCAGGGACAGAUCGUGGGCAUGGCUCACGCUCCCUGCCUCCCUGGACCCGGGGAAAUCGUGGCAGAUCCCACCAAUUAUUCUGCUUUUGUCAGCCAAAAUGAGUCGGACCACUCCAUAUCCCUGCACCACACGAGAACCGCAUACAUGAUUGCAUCUGCUGUCAUCUGUUCACUGUACAUCCUCUGUGCUGUUGUCCUAUUCUGUGGCGUGAGAGAACACGAGGCAACUGGGAUCAGGUCGAAGCCUAUGCCCUUCCUUCAGGGAAUUAAGAUGGUGAUGGGAUAUGGACCAUAUGCCAAACUAGUCAUGGGUUUCCUCUUUACCUCACUGGCUUUCAUGCUCCUGGAGGGAAACUUUGCUCUCUUCUGCACCUCCACGCUGGGUUUCAGGAACAACUUCCAGAACAUUCUGCUGGUCAUCAUGUUAUCUGCUACGCUGGCCAUCCCGUUCUGGCAGUGGUUCCUGACUCGCUUCGGGAAGAAGACUGCAGCUUUUGUCGGCUCCUUGUCUGCCAUUCCCUUCGUGAUCCUGGUGGUGUGCAUGAAGAGCAACCUCAUCAUCAUCUACGUAGUUUCUUGUGCCUCUGGUGUGGCAGUGGCUGCAGCCUUCCUGCUGCCCUGGUCCAUGCUGCCUGACGUGGUCGACGAUUUUCAAGUUCAGAACCCCAACUCCACGGGGCACGAAGCCAUCUUCUAUUCUUUCUACGUUUUCUUCACCAAGUUUGCUUCUGGCAUCUCCUUGGGAGUAUCUACGCUGAGUUUAGACUUUGCAGGAUACAUCACCAGCGGUUGCUCCCAGCCUGAAGAGGUGGACUUGACCUUGAAAUUGUUGGUCUCGGCCGUCCCUGUGGUCCUCAUCUUCAUCGGCCUGGGAAUCUUGUACACCUAUCCCAUCAACGAGGAGAGGAGGCAGGGCAACCGCAAGAUCCUACAAGAAAUGAGGGACGAGGAGGAUUCGGAGACGGACUCCACAGAGGUGGCUGAAAUGAUCUAGCACUCUUAAUAAAAGCCCUUCUGGACCGAUCGGUUGACCGAAUGACAUUUUUCACUGGAUGGGACCAAUGGACCUGGACCCGGGCCUGUCGGAUCGCACAGACACCGCCUCGGCCAGUCAAUGCUGCUGCUGCUGGUCCAAGUACAAACCUAUGUGAGCCAGGGCGAGGCCUUCCUGAAGACAUCCCGUUCCUCCUUUUCGUAUUCGUGAUGUUUUCCCGGCAUGACGGUCAUUCGAUCAGCAUCGCCUCACCAAGCCUUAGCUUUUUGUACAACAUACUACUAAGUACAGUGUGAGAAUCUUAUCCUUUUACCGGUUGGUCUUCAAUGAAAUUGCACAAAAAGGGUGAAUUUGCAUCAAUGGUGCUUUUCGCUGGAGCCGAGCAGGCUCCUCUUUUGUACGUACAACACUGAACAUUAACGACCAUCAGCGCUGCAGGUGGAAAUGACUUCACAGCACUGAGUUAUAAACGUCAGGAGAAACGGCGAUUCUGCCUUAAUUUCUGUCACAUUUCAGAGGCGGUAUUUCAAAAACGAACAAACUGACACGAGUGCCAAUCGCUCAGCGUGGUGUAACUUAAUAUCUCGUCAUAGUUUACAACAAAACAAUCAAGAGGGUCAGUCUGUUUGCUUCUUCCAGUCUGUUUGCGUUUCGUCUCUGUCACACUGGCUGCUGGUUUUCCGUCGGAGGAAGCUCUGACGAUGUGCCAUGAGCCGCUACAGUGGUGAGCGCAGUGAAUUUGCACAAGAAAACUGCAGAGCUUAUCCAGUCAACUGUUUUAUUUAUAACCGCUACUGAAGACGACGUCGUCUCUUAAUGCUUUAAUUUCUUAAAACGGAGCGAAACGGAGACUGCAGCUGGUAUUAAUGUCUAAAUAUUAUUUAAAUAUUUAUUAGUUUGCUUUUACAGUCCUCCUCCUUGCAGUAUUUAAACCUAUUUAAGGCCUGUACUGUUGUUCUAACCAAAACUGCAAAGCUUUUCAUUUUGUAAGAUUCAUGCACCUUUUGAUGCAUGUUGCCAUUACUAUAAUCUUACAGUAAUAUAUAAAGUUUUCACACCCUGUUAAAACACCAGGUUUUUGGGGCUUAACAAAAAUUGGACCCUGAUGAAUCACUUCAGUACCUUUUCCAUCUUUAAUGAGACAUUUAUUCAAUCUUUUAGAGGGUUGAAGAAUAAAAAGCUGCAAUAACCUGGUUUUAGAAAUGUGCUCAUCCUUAAAAUGAAACCUUGUUGAAGCACCUUUAGAAUCAAUUUCAGCAUUCAGUCUUCGUCGGAGGCUACCACAUCUCUUGUCCACAGUCUUCAUUUUAGAGACUGGUUGUUGGUAAAUAUUUUUUCUGGACUCACCGCCAUUCUGAAAAAGAUCUAAAACCUCUUGAACUUUAGCUUUCUAGUCGACACCUAAAUGUUUCCGGGCAAAACCACAGUGCUGUUUGGGACUGGUCAUGACUCAUGAUCUCACUCACCCUGAUAAAGUCCAGUUCCAUCUGGAGACAUGUUAUCCCAGAGCAUGAUGCUAGAAUUGAAUGAAACGUAUUUGUUUAGGGCUUUGCACACUUAUGGAACCAGGUUAUCACAGCUUUUUUACUCUUUCCAUUUUUUCCCCUGUUUUAUUUAAUUUUUUUAAGUUGAACUGUUAAAGAAAUAUGUUCGACAAGGUUUUGAAAUGAUUCAUCUCAAUUUUACGGCAUAAAAAAAACCUGCCAUUAUAACAGGAGUGUGUAGACACUUUUUACCUCUGCUGACACUGUAUGCAUUAAAAGGGAAAGCAUGCUGCUGUGGUUGGAGAAAUUAGGUUUCCUUCUAUUUUGAAUGUUUCAUUAUUGAUUGAAACAACCAGAACAUAUUUAGUGAUCAUUUCAAUCCUCAAAAUAAUAAUAAUAAGAAACCUAAGAGGACUGGCAUGUUUCAUAUCUGUUGAUAUGGAAAUGUGUAAAUGUGGUGUCAUAUGUAAUACAUACGGUUACAUCUUGGAUGUGAUAACUAAGUUGCCAUAGUGAUUAUGUUUGAAUGCAUUAACCUCGAUUUCUCUCUUCAUCUGUCCCUUCUGAUUGAUACUCUACGUGCCAACAUCACUCACUGAUCCUGUAGUUAUUGUACAUCCUGUAAAUGUUUGGUUCUCAUCGAUGUUUUUACGUUUCUUUUUUGUGCAUUUUUCUCCUGACUGAGGCUGUUGACAAAUGUGUGAGCUUUAAUCCCACAUGGACACACACACACACACACACACACGCCUUGUAGACUUGCCUCAUGUGCAUAUGUAAAUAUUGUACAUAAACUUGUAAAUAGAUCUGAUAUUUGUGUAUGCAAGUGAAUGGACUUCUGUACGCUGUACUGUAGUUAUUUAAAAACGAAUACUGUGGAAGAAAAUAAAAGCUAAUUAAAUGGA